GCAAGUUUAUUACUCAACUUAUUCGCCUUUCGUUUGCAGCGACUGAGGUCGACUUCGACAACCAGUUGUGGUCUUGACAAUUCAUUACUCGUCCUCAGGCAACUGUUUUGAGAUCAAGGAACAGAAAGCAAGAGGAAAUAAGUCAUUAUUUUCAAGGUUUCAUUGGAACCAUGGCUACCAAGAACUGGACGCUAUUACGCGAAGCGAUUUUGAAAAUGAACAAACAAAGAUACUUGUCUGCGAUGCAGGUUAGAAAUAAGUUCACUACCUCAACGAAUUCAAGAACACUUUAUCAUAACACGAACAAGGUUACUGAUACAGGAUUCCAGAAAAAGGAAAUUAAUAACCCCGGAGAGGGCUUGCAUAGGAAUGAACUCGCAAUUACAGGUAAAGUGAUCAGAUCGAAGUCUUUUUAGUUACGUCUAUGAGCCUGGUGGAAGAACAUUUUUGCUCAUCAUUCUUACAGAUUAUACUUUUGGUGUUACACUAUUUCGCACACGUUGUCUCUAACAUUCUCCGUCAGUCUAAUCAUAAAUAUUUAAGUUAAGAUCAAGCGUUCACUUUUUGUGUACUUUUGUUAUGAGGAAAUAAAAUAGAAGGGAGGAAAGGAGAAACAGUCCACCGAUAGGCGGUUGUUGUUAUAUACCAGUGACCUGAUGAGAUAUAUAUUUAUUCUAUGGUAUAUCUAAUCGUUAGUUAUUUUUUUGCACAUCGCUCCUUUGUAUCGGCUUUACUCUAAUUGGCACAUUGGGCUGGUUUUAAUAGUUUAAAAGCCUUGACGGAAACGGGUCAUGGGAACAAUAGAGGGCUACAGAAUUUUUUAUAUUUACUUGGAUCUUCGUUACUAAAUUGUCCAUCAAAGAAUUAAACAGGAAUCUGUGGUCGUCUCCUCUGCCGGGAUAAACAGAUGUCUAAACCAGUUAUACACUUCAACCAAGGGUUCAGAACCUGACAGAGAAUUAUUGUUUACUGAAUUCAAAUAGAUAAAAGUUGGUAGUAAGUUCUAAGUAAUUUUUUAAUAAAGAUGGCUAUCCGACCACACACUCUAAAAAGUGAAUGGUGGAUCAAAGCCAAGGAAGGAAAUAAGUUUACCCGCUGAAGCACGCAUAGUUUGUAAAAGAGUAACAGCCAAGCUGAGAUACGAUUCACUUCCUUUUGAUUUGAUUUGUACAUAAUUGUCACGUAAUGCGUGGGUGUCUUUGUCACGCGAUGUAUUAGCAGUAAACAGAUUGAUAGCUCCAUCGCGGUUGCCUAUCUUGUAAAUCAGUUAAGCCUAAAUACACCUUGGGUGAUUUUCUUGGUAUUUAUCUUCCAUCAACACACAAAAACUGAAAGAAAAUCUCAGCCUUAGCCAUGAUAUUCUCAACAUUUUGUUCCCGAAAUUUCGUCAAUUUCUGCGUCGAUGGUCAUGUACAAGGUGCAUUUACAUGUAAACAAAAUGAAAAGAGGUUGGUCGCUAAAGAACACAUAUUUCAAAUAAAUUCAUUGAGCAGAGUUCUUUCACCCAACAGGGAUGAUGUCAAUGGCAGAUUUUCCUUCUACACACUCACAGAGAUCCAAAGACCUAGUUUCCACACAGACACAAAGUGGUUUGGAAUGUAGGCGAUGCUUGACGCAUUUGGCGCUUGGGACCACACGAGAAAAAACUCACAAUGAUUCUGAAGAUAACACGAAAACCAAAGAAUCACUUUGUGGACUUUUAUUCAACUGUUAUGUGCUCUGUCUCUUCGUUCUAGGUUCCUAUAUACCUAUGGAUUAAUUAGCUGGAAGAUGUGUAGAAGCCUGAUCGCAUUUUUGCUUGAGGGCGAUUUCAAGAUUAACAUCGGCAGCCAUUAGAAAUCACCCAAUAUAUAUAUAAUAUGUGUUUAAGCUAAACAUUAUUCCUCUAUGAGGAAUGACGUGGUUCUACAAUAUUUGGUCACGAGACACGUCCUAAAUCAAUGGCGCACAAGCAAAAAUAUUUGAUGCAAUUCAACUAUGGAUAUGUUCUUCCAGAAAAUUGGAGUUCGUAGUUGUACUUGGGGAAUAUUGAUAAAAAAAAAACUUUAAAAUCUUUCUUGAUUUUAGAAGUCCUGUUGGGUUUUGCUGUACAAAUAAGACUUGUAAAAAGAUUUUUAUCAGGCAAUUAUUCAGCAAUACGAAGUAACAGAAAGAAAAUAUCUGUAAAAAAUUAUGUUGUUUAUUGAGUAAUUUUCAAAAAAAGAAACGCGUAGAAUCUGAACGCUUCUUGAAUGUCUCUUCAAAUUAAAUUCAUCAGAGAAAUAUCAAAGCACAAAUAAAUACAUUACAUAUAAAAAAAUCACUUUAUUCGGGGAAAUUCAUCCUCUAUUUCCUUUUCUCGCUCUUCUUGCGUGUAGACUAUGGUGCAAAAGGCA